GUUGAAAAAAUGAUUUGCAAUCUGUUGGUCAUUCUGAUCACAUUUUUUCUGCUUUACAUUUCUCAGUCAUUUCCAUUUAAAAAGCAAGAUGUAAGAAUAAGAGAUUGUACAAGCUCCAAUUCAUAAAUUUCUUCAUUCUCUCUCUAUAUACUGAUAAUAUGAAGCUUAGUAAAAGUAAAAUUGAUUUAAGGGAUAUAAGAACAAUAGCCAUUUGAUGUGAAAGAUCAUGCAAACAGAACGUAAAAAGGUUUUUAGAUCAGUAAAUGGUUGCACAGUUUGUUAUGCAAAAUCUGGUCAGCAUCCAUUUCAAAACUCUAAUAAAUGGACAAAAUAUAUUCAAAAGGUUUUUAAUUUAAAUGAAAAUAGAACAAAUAAAGUAUGUUCUUCUUGUGUAAAGCAUAUACUUAAGUGGCGAAGAACACCAAAACAUUCACGUCCUGAUUUAUCUCAUAUUGUUAAAACAGCUCCACUAAGAAGGCCUUCCAACCGUAAGGCACGAACAUCUUCAUCAAUUGAACUAGAUUCAGAAAAAAAGGAUGAUAAUAAAACUGCAGUUACAAAUGAAAUUGAUGAGUUAUCAUCUGAGAGUGAUUUAGAUGGUGAUUUAGAUGAUGCUUAUUUUGAAACUUCAAGCCCUGACUCCACAUUUUCUGAAGAGUAUGUAAUGAAACAAUAUAAGGAUGCAUCAAGCCAAACUUCUUUUCUUUAUCCAGCUCUUACUUCUCCACAGGCCAAUGCUUUUAAACUUCCGUAUAUAGACUUGUCAAAAUGGAGGCAGGAGCAAAUUUGUUGUGGCGUUAUUUUUAGAGGUCCUUCUGGUGAAGUUUUAGUUGAUCCAAAAUGGCUGAAUCCAAGCUGCAGUUUUUGCGAUCGCAGCUGCUCAACACCUUCUCCUCCAAAAGAAUCUAAAGAAAUUAAUAUUUUUGAUGAAAAGUUAGCAUCUCUUCUUGCUUCAUCGUCUUAGUAAUGUUGUGUUGAAUUUAAUGUUGCAUUUGAUAAUUUGCAAAAAAAUUGUUUAUUAUGAACAAUGAAUAACUUUUUUAAAUGUUAUUUCAUUUUUUAAAUUUAGAUGUUCUUUUAAUUUUCUACUGUUAUAUUUACAUA